GGAUUCUGAAACCAGCCCUCAGCAGGAUCCAGAUAGGACAGAGAACCUUCAGCCCGUUGGUAAUGCUCAGCUUGGAGAGUACGAGGAGCAGCUCUCGCCGGGGAGACCCCACCUUCGCCUACGUCAGACGCAGAAACAAAUCAACCUGCUCUACUACAAACUGUGUGGAAGAAGAGGUAUGGGAGAUGACAUAGCACACGUCUCCAAGAAACUGCAUUUUUAGAAACUGUGGUCACUAGUGCAUCCUCAUAAACAUUAUUAGAACACUGUCAUUUUUUAAAAAGCCCAAACCACAGACUUGGAGUGGAUCUCAUCCAUUUAAAUUAAUAACAUCUAGUAGCCUGUUUAAAGAAAUUCCUUUAAAAAUAUAACCUCAUAUUAAACUCCCAAUGUGUUUUGCAAAUUUUCUGUUUUACCAAUCAGCUGCCUCCUGACAUGUUCAGCCUGCUCGGUAGCAUCUUAAGCUUCUGGUUUGCACUCAGUAAAAGUGGUGCUCACAAUAGGACACAGGUUGCCCCUAUAGAAAACAUAUGUUGAAAUUUGGUUAAAGACAUUCAACAUGAUCAUACCAACAAUUUUAUCCUUUUUUUCUAACUAUUUAAUCAUUUUACCUUCUACUUAAACAUUUAACCACAUUUGAAACAGACAAGUGCUGUCCCCCAAACAACAUUUAAAUGAGAAUGUGUGUUUGAUUUCCUUAAGCCAAAGUUAUUCAACACUAAGCAUGAGCUGCCUGCACUUUGCUCCCCCUGGGUUUAUCUUAAUCAUCCUGAAUUUGGAAGCCUGCGGGGAAUUAAGCCAGAAGCCUUCAGACGCCUCCUCAUGCUUUAAUUCCCAGCUCCCUGAACAUGCUCUGAGUUUGUUUAAUCCAUGUGGUAUGUAAUAUCCAAAUGUAUAGUCUGAGCUCUGUAGAAGCUGCUAAAACCCAAGUGCCCGUUUUUGGGCAGCUCUGUGUGUAAUGUGCCUCUCAGUAACACACCACUGAUGUUAUUCAAGGUCCACUGGUGCAAGAUUCAAAAAGGUUUUUGUCUCCAUGGUCGAAAUGGAGCGAGUGCUCAGCCAAGUGUGGCCAAACCGGGGUGCAGAAGCGCACCAGAUCCUGCCUGGCCGAGCCUCUCUGGGGCGUGCACUGUAAUGAAGCAACUGAGGAAGGGCGGCUCUGCAUUGGACAUGUUUGCUCAGCCUGCAACAUCACCUGCCCCAUGGGCCAUGUCAACGCUGACUGUGACACUUGCAUGUGUGAGGAUGCCACGCUGCAUGGGAAGGUGUCUCUCGAGGAUGGGUCACCUGCUGCCGAUGCCCGGGUCUACCUGCAAGCCAAGAAACUCAAGCUGUUGACAAUGGCUGAUAACAGAGGCAUGUUUAGGAUCCCAGGGGUUUGUCCUGAUGGCAAAAACACCCUUAAAAUAAAGAAAGCCAAAUAUGCAACAGCGACUGUCACCGUGCCCGAGAGCAACCGGAGAAACCUGGCGAUCCAAGUGCAGCUGCACCGAUCAGGCAAACCCUAUGUUUUCAGGAGCCCUGAGGACAAAGCCAGGAGAGUGGGACAGAGUGUGUCACUCUGCUGCGACGCCCGAGGGAGCCCAGCUCCCGACCGCUACCUCUGGUACCACAAUGGCUCACUGCUGGACCCCUCCUUGUACAAAUAUAAAAACAACCUGAUUCUGAAGAACCUGAAGAGAGAACAGUCAGGAGAGUAUUUCUGCAAGGCCAGCAGUGCUGGGGGGUCAGCAAAGUCCCAAGUUGCCAAGCUGGCUGUCAUAGGAAGACAAGAGGCAGCCUGUGACUCCCAACCCCAAAGCCACCUCAUCCGACUUCCUCACGAUUGCUUCCAAAAAGCAACAAACUCCUUCUAUUACGACGUGGGCAAGUGCCCAGCAAAGACCUGUGUGGGGAAGCUGGAUAAGGGACUUCGGUGUAAGGACAAUGUCUCCUACUGCUGUGGGGUAUCCAAGAUGGAAACCAGGGACAUCUCCUGCGAUGGCUACACGCUCCCCACUAAAGUCAUCGUUGAAUGCGGUUGCAAAAUAUGCACCGAGACCAAAAUAAUGGUUCGAGGCAGAGCCACAGCAGCAGAUAAUGGUGAGCCACUGAGGUUUGGCCACAUCUACAUGGGGAACAAGAGAGUGAGUAUGACUGGCUACAAGGGAACCUUCUCCAUCCACGUCCCAGCAGAUAUGGAGAGACUGGUUCUAACUUUUGUGGACCGGCUGCAGAAGUUUGUAAACACAACAAAAGUUCUGCCCUUCAAGGAAAAUGGAGGUGCUGUAUUUCAUGAGAUCAAGCUACUGAGAAAGAAAGCCCCUGUUACACUGGAAUCCACCGAAACCAAUGUGAUUUCUUUAGGGGAAAUGGAAGAAGAUGAUCCAAUUGCUGAAUUAGAAAUUCCUCCCAAUGCAUUUUAUAGGAAAAAUGGAGAGGUCUACAGUGGCAAAGUGAAAGCCAGUGUGACAUUUCUGGACCCAAGAAACAUCUCUACAGCCCCUGUGACACAAAGUGACCUGAACUUUGUAGAUGAGGAAGGAGACGUAUUUCCGCUCCGCACGUACGGCAUGUUUUCUGUGGACUUCACAGAUGAACGGGGCACUGAGUCCCUCAAUGCAGAAAAGGUGAAGGUUCAUUUGGAUGCUGCUCAGGUCAAGAUGCCAGAGCAUGUGCAAGAGAUGAAGCUUUGGUCCCUGAACCCAGAGACAGGGCUGUGGGAGGAAGAAGGGGACUUCAACCUUGAGAAAAGCACACGGCGCAAAAGGGAGGAGAGAACCUUUUUGGUUGGGAACAUGGAGAUCAAAGAAAGGCGUCUUUUUAACCUGGAUGUCCCUGAGAGCAGACGGUGCUACGUCAAAGUACGAGCCUACAGAAGUGAGCGAUUUCUGCAAAGUGAGCAGAUCCAAGGGGUUGUGAUUUCUAUUAUAAACUUGGAGCCAGAACCAGGGUUCUCCUCCAAUCCCAGAGCAUGGGGCCGUUUUGACAGCGUAGUCACUGGUCCCAAUGGUGCCUGUGUGCCCGCCUUCUGCGAUGAGCAAAACCCCGAAGCCUACGGAGCUUACAUCUUGGCAAGCCUGGGGGGUGAAGAGCUCGAAGCUGUGCCCUCUGCUCCCAAACUCAACCCUGCUGCUAUUGGGGUCCCACAGCCAUACCUCAACAAGCUUAACUACAGGAGGACAGACCAUGAGGACCCCAACAUCAAGAAAACAGCAUUCAGCAUUAACAUGGCCAAGCCAAGCCCUAAUUCCCCAGAAGAGAACAAUGGCCCUAUUUAUGCCUAUGAAAACCUCAGUGAAUGCGAGGAAGCUCCACACAGUGCUGCUCACUUCAGGUUUUACAGGAUAGAAGGAGACCGGUAUGACUUCAAUACUGUUCCCUUCAAUGAAGAUGACCUCAUGAGCUGGACUGAUGACUACCUGGCAUGGUGGCCCAAGCCCAUGGAAUUUAGAGCCUGCUACAUUAAAGUAAAAAUAAACGGACCCCAAGAAGUGAAUGUAAGAUCUCGUAACAUGGGUGGGACGCACCCACGCACCAUCGGCCAGCUGUACGGCAUCCGGGACGUGCGCAGCAUCCGCGACCCCCAGCAGCGGGACGUGUCGGCAGCCUGCCUGGAGUUCAAGUGCAGCGGAAUGCUCUUCGACCAGGACCGCGUGGACCGCACGCUCGUCAAAGUGAUCCCACAAGGCAACUGCCGCCGAGUGAGCGUCAACAGCAUGCUCCACGAGUACCUGGUGAACCACCUCCCCAUGGCCACCAACAACGACACCAGCGAGUACACAAUGCUGGCACCUCUUGACCCGCUGGGACACAACUACGGCAUCUACACAGUCACUGAUCAAGACCCGAGGAUCGCCAAGGAAAUUGCCCUGGGCAGGUGUUUUGAUGGCACGUCUGAUGGCACAUCCAGAAUCAUGAAGAGCGAUGUCGGCAUUGGGUUGACUUUCACCUGUUCAGAGAGGAGCCCGACAGAGCAAAGCAUCUUCCAGUCUCAGAGGAACUUGGGCCAGCAGUCUCCGAGGGACUCAGGCCGGCAGUCUCCGAGGGACCCGGGCCGGCAAUCUCCGAGGGACCCGGGCCGGCAGUCUCCGAGGGACCCGGGCCGGCAGUCUCCGAGGGACCCGGGCCGGCAGUCUCCAAGGGACCCGGGCCGGCAGUCUCCAAGGGACCCGGGCCGGCAGUCUCCAAGGGACCCGGGCCGGCAAUCUCCGAGGGACCCGGGCCGGCAAUCUCCGAGGGACUGGAGCCAGCAGUCUCCGAGGGACUCGGGUCAGCAGUCUUUGGGGGACUUGGGCUGGCAGUCUCCACGGGACUCGGGCCGGCAGCCUCCGAGGGACUGGAGCCAGCAGUCCAUCCUGGUUCUGCCAGGGCAAAGCCCUGUGUACCAGAGGCCACCGGCAAGCCGCCGUAACAACCAAGCCAGGAUCCCGAUGACGGGUCAACGUCCCACCUACUAGAGCUGUGUAGGAGCAUUGGUAAAGUCACUCAUGCUCAAUUAAAUAUGAUUUGAAAGUAACAUCAACCUGCUAAAUAACGUAAUUGAAGGCUGGUAGGUGUCAUUAUUUAUGAGACAUAAUUAAGGUGCCAUUUUUUUUCCCCCACCAGAAAGAAAAGAUGUAAGGCGAGAACUGGGGGCCAGCAGAGGUAGUGAGUUUGUGUCUUAUUAAAUGCAUCCAUAAAAAUCUUCCUUCUGCCUGACAUUAAACAGCUUCACAUGAUAGCCUAAAGAGAAGACUAAACAUAUGAUUCAAUUAAGUCAUGUACAUAAAACGUUCUUCUGUUCUGCAUCUGCAGACUUUGCCAGCCCAAGUACCUGUACAGUAGUUGGUAACAUGAAAAGGAAUAAACUGAUUUCCUCAUACAGAAUUCAACUGCAAGGUUUCGUACUUGAAAUGUAAGUAUUUUAUUUAUUUCUAGCUUGUUUUAGAAUUACUGUAUUCAAGCUAAACUACUGGCAGCUGCAUUUCUAAGGACUCGCAUGCUCAAUAGCAUGGAGAAGCCAUUUGGAUUUGUAGGCUCCACAUAGAUACAGAUAAGUUUUCUCUUGCUUCUUGCAUUGUUUGACAAGAAAAUCUAUGCUCUUUGAUAGGGUAGGUUAAUAAAAAAAGUAAUUUUGUAACUUUGACAAUGUGUGUCACUUUUGUGUUUGAAAUGCCCAAUUAAAUAAACCACCUGUAGAGCUGAGCGAAGAAUAACCUGCAGGGUUUCAUCUUUAUGUUC